AUGCCGGAAAGUGUGUGCGUCGCAGCAGAAGAUUUAUCGUCCCCAGAUAUACCGGAGUCACCGCCGUCCUCACCAGGAUUUGAUCGUGCCGGGAACGCGGACUGGUGUUCUUGCGGGAAGUGCAAACAGAUGGAUACCGCGGACGAGUGUUUGUGCUGCCGGGAGGUAGAGAACUUCUGUAAAAAGCAGACGGUCAACUGCAUUACAGACAACGAAUAUUUCGAGAUACUCUGCCUCGACACCGAAGUUCUACGAGUGUCUUUUACAUACAUCCGAGAUACUGAAGAGUAUGGCAACAUACGUGACAGCGCCGUGAACAAGUGA